AUGAGCCACAUCUACGGCAGCCACCUCUCCCCCAUGGGCAGCCCCUCCAUGCUCUAUCUCCCAGCUGCCUUGAGCUUCGCCCCCAGCGGUGCCAUUUCCCGGCAGGACCCCCCGCAGAAACCCCCUUACAGCUACAUCGCUCUCAUCGCCAUGGCUAUCAAAGAAGCUCCGGAGCAGAAGGUGACCCUCAGCGGCAUCUACCAGUUCAUCAUGGACCGCUUCCCCUUCUACCACGACAACAAGCAGGGCUGGCAGAACAGCAUCCGUCACAACCUGUCCCUCAACGACUGCUUCGUCAAGGUGCCGCGAGAGAAGGGACGGCCCGGUAAGGGCAGUUACUGGACCUUGGACCCCCGAUGCCUGGACAUGUUCGAGAACGGCAACUACCGCCGGAGGAAGAGGAAGCCCAAAGCCCCGGGGCCACCGGAGGUGAAGAGCAGCGUUCCCCCCGCAGACGGGGAGCAACCGGGGCCAGCUGCUCGCCCGGACGAGCCCAAAAGGGCCAAGGGGAGCAUUGGGGAGGACUCGGGGGAUGGGGGUGUUCCCAGACCGGGUGAGGAAGGGGAAGCGGCUCCCCGCGGGGGUCCAACCCGCUGCGGCGUUGCCUCGGCUCCCCCCACAGCCGACGCCGCCUCACCGCACAAGAGCGCUGCGCGGGGCAGGAGCUUCAGCAUCGAGAGCAUCCUCGCCCAGGGGCUGAGGCAGAACCCCGCCGGGGCAGCCCCUAAGGCGGCCCAGGAGAGCCCCGUGGGUUGCCUUAGCAGUUCCCUGGUCGCCAGUGGUGGCUUCGGCCCUGCCCUCAAUGCCUCCCUGAUGCUCGACUCCCAGGUACAUGGGAGGUUUUACCACAUCGGCAUCCCGUUCCUCUCCUGCUUCCCUCUCCACUUCUCCGAGACUCUACUUAAUUUCCAAUAG